CUCCACAAAGUGUGUGGCGCCGUCCUUCGUGCCAUGCUGGGACUCUAACGCAUUUCGGAUCGCUGCUCUGUUUUUCCUCGCGCUCGAGACAUGGCUCCGUUUGGGAAAAACUUCCUGAAGGCUCGACUGAAAAACAGGACAAAAGAUGCCGAGCCUGUGGUGGGAAAGGAGAUUCAGGUUACCGUCUGCAACGAGGAGAAGGUCGUCUGUGGAGUAACAAAGCACACAACAUGUGUGGAUAUGAUUCAGGCAUUACUGGACGAUCACAAAUCAAUCCCAGAGAGCAAGCAGGUCCUACAUGGGGAGUCCAAAGACUACUGCCUGGUCGAGCGAUGGAAGGGCUUUGAGAGAGCGUUGCCUCCUCUCACCAGAAUCCUGAGACUCUGGUACGCCUGGGGUGACCAGAGGCCUUUUAUCCAGUUCAUACUGGUUAAAACCAGUGAUUUUGUGCCCCAGCCUACCAAGAAGGCUGUAAGACCCAGAGGGGCAAAACCAAAACGACUGGAAAAUGGUCGCAGUCAGCACGCCCAGGCUCUACCGGCAGAAAGACAGAAGCGCAUGGUGAAGAAAGCCUUCAGGAAGCUGGACAAGCUGCACAAGGAGAGCAGGAGCUCACCGGGUGCAGAAGAGGUGGACCGGAUGGUGCAGCUUAUUCUGAACCAGGAUCACACCAUCCGAGAGCAGAUCCAACGCAUGAGGGAGCUGGAUUUGGAGAUCGAAAGGUUUGAUCUGCAAACACAGAAGGAAGCGGAGUGUGAGAGUUUGUCAGCUCAGGCUUGUGUUCAGAGUUUGGAUCCGCACAUCGAUGAACAGCUGCAGGAGUACCUGUACACCAGCGAUGGGGUAGAACAGCUCGAGCAGCAGGUUCAGAGGCAUCAGGAGCUAAUCCUCCAGCUGUCAAAGGAUAUUGAUACUGAACUUAGGAGGGUUAACUUCCCCCUGAGCCAAUAUGAGGGCUAUGAACAAGAAGGGGCUGCAGCUGCUUCCUGGUCCCCCAUGGAGACGGACGAAUUGUUCUACUCUGCCGAACUCAAGAGGCUGCAGGAUGAUCUGAAGCACAGCCUCUAUACUGGUGUUUCCCUUCACAACCAGGCAGCUGAGAUAGACAAACAGCUAAAGCACUAUGAGGACAGCCUGGUCUCCAAGGAUCAGGAGUGCUGGCAGCUGGCUGCCCACCUGAACUCGAUGCAAAUAGCUGACAAAGGAGAGGAAGAGCAGUCCAGUCCUGUUCCACUGAAAAGUGAGACACAGUGCAGCGUCUCACAGACAGUGAAACUCAAACACAGCCUGUCCCCUCCAGACGUCACAGACACGGACUCAGACACUGGGAUUAGCUCCACACACAGUCAGGACUCGCUGUCACCCUGUCUCGACUUCCCUCCCCCACUGGACACAGACGUUUGAACAACCCGGUUGACCCUGCAAUUUAAGGUUUCUGUGUGCACUAGCCCCUUUUUGUGCCAGCUAUGUGGUAUCACUACACCUAAGAGUAGCAUUGUUUUCCUGAAGAGCUCUCAUGUAGCAUCAAGGUCAUUUUCCAGGAGCUGUGACAAAAAACUGUCAUACUAAGGGUUCAUGCUGUUUCUGUUUCACUGUCUUUAAAAUAUCUGUACAUUUUUGCUUAUUUUGUGAUAUUCUACUUAAAGGUUGCUGAACCUAGAGAGCACAAAUUGAGAAUUAAGGUUGUCUCCAAUGUUUCUGGAAAAAAACACUAAAUCAACAACAACAAAAAAAGAUUAUUUCCCCUUUAAACAAAACAAUUCAAAAUAAUUCAAUGAGUAUCUUACUGUUAUAGCUCAAAUCUGGCCCAAAGUUUGCAGCCUAACUCUUUAAACCCAUUCACAAACUUUCUGAGCCCAAACCAACCUGCCAAAUCAAAAGCAUAAAUGAGCCUCAGCUGAUUUAAAACUGUCAUUUUUGAUCAGUUAUUUGCAUUAUUGAAGUUUGAAUUACUUUUCAAAAUUUUCGAAGAGACAGACAUCUGUUUACAUGAGAUCUUAAGGAGAGAUGCACAUGUUAUACAGAUGUGGCCUAUUUAUUGUUUAUGAUACUCAGAGCAGUGAGGAUGAGGAGCAGAUGCACAGACAUCACUGAGCACUGAAUGCAAAGACUUUUUUGGAGCCUGUUAAAAGUCAGCUACGGUCUGCACUGCUCUUCAGUCACUGUGAUGUUAAACUGAGUUUUACCAGCACAUUUGAUUUGAGUAUUUGUUUCAUUGUCCUCUACCUACAGUGGAACGGAUUGGCAGUGCCGCUUUAAACAGUUUUUCUCCUGCAUUAUGGUAAAUAUGUACACUUUAAAAAACAGUGGUAUAAUGUUAAGUAUUAGAUUUAGUGAAAAGACCUCAGACCUGGGCAGUGCGUGCAAUAAUUUGAGCACUGGGACUUCACUGAGAGAAGUUCUUCUGAAGUGACAAAAAGAAAAAUAGACUAAAAUUCAUAAAGCUAGGGUAAAAAUAUGCUGCUGUCUGGCAGGACAUCUUUUACAACAAAAUUUUCUGCCUGGACCCAGUGAUAGGAGUUGGGAUGCUGGCCUGACCUGGUUCCAAGACAGUCUGGCUGCAGACUGUUCAUCUCUGAUGGUCAAUCCCACAGACCAAUUCUCUUGAAUGCCAUUGAUCUCAGAAAGGAAAUACAUGCUAAAACUUUCUAAAUAAAAUCAGAAUUUACUUUUGUGAAGGGUUAGGGUAAGGGUUAAGGUAACGGUUUGGACACCAAAAGUAAAAACUCAAAAUCCUGGCCAGGAAAAAGCUCACCUUCAAUGUAAACAUUCUAACACAGCAUAUGUAGCUUACAUAGUCGUGUUGGCUGCAUAAGCUACGUAGAUAUUGGAGUUAUGUAGAUAACAGGGUUAUGUAGCCAACUAAACUAAAGCUAAGUAAGUAAGCUAUGUAAGCCACAUAUCUAUGUUAUCUAAGUAGCUCUUUUAUCUGUAGCAAAGUUUGCAAAGGGUCACAUUGCAAAUGCUAAAUUUGCUAUAGAUAACAGAGCUACGUAGCAAAGCUCACAAAGCAACUAUGUAAGUUAUAGAUACUUUCUCUACAUUGCUAGGUUGCUAAAUUGUAUGUUACUAAAGCUAACUUAGCUACAUUCACUAUGUAGAAAUGUUAAUUAUGUAGCUAGCGUAGCUGUGUUAGCUUUAGCUAAAGCUAACCAAGCUAAAGCGAGCCACCAUUUGUGUAGCUUCUCUUAAACGGCGUCUACACAUAAUCUAAUCCCAGAUUAGACCUCUGAUCUUUUCUUUUGAAUUGUUGCUUCGCCUGUAACGUUUGCAAUGUGUUUAUUUCAAAAAUGUAACUGCCGGAGUUUAUUAAUUAAGUUGAAUUAAAAUAAUAAAUCUAAAACUGGAAAUAUGUUGUCCUGGCAAAUUAGGGCACUUCCUGUCUGAGAUGUAUGGUGUCUCCGAUGAACGUCAGUGAGAGUGGUCGUCGCUGACCCAGUCCAGAAAAUAUUCUUUAAAAAGAAAACACAUCAGUGAGUAUGUCUUCAAAACUCUACAUACUGCCCAACCAUGUUUGAGUCCACAUAAUCAGAUUGACAAACAAUGUUUAAGGUAUCACAAUGACAGAAGGGAUGUUAGCUGGAUUGCAGUACAUUGUUUCUUAUUUGACUGUAAUGAUAAUGCAUGCAGUGCAACAAUUGGGGGUUUUGUAUACACCAAUAUUAGUCCAUCAUUGUUUGUAACAGCAGGGUUACUCAACUUUUUACUGUAUAUUAUUGUCUCAUAAUAGAUGUUCACCUGAAUCUGUCUGAUGUACAGAAGCCCUAAGAGGACAUUUUUUCAUAUUUUUUUCCACUUUAUUGUGAUAAAAGUUACAUUUUAGAUGUUCUCUUGAAGCCUUGACUAGUUUAUCUCGGGAAAAAAACUAUUUUAACAUAGCAAGACAACUAAAUCAAGAAAACAACUUGCGUUUUCAGUAGAAAACAGAGGCAAAUAAAAUGUAUGGGUGUAUGUCCUGUUAGGGCUUCCGUACUAAGGUGUACCAGGCCCAUAACUUAAUUUUUUUGCUAAUGUGUUGUUGAUGCUGAAUGUAAAUUUCUGUCCUAAUGUCCAGUUUUUAAACUAUUUAUGAAGCUGCACUUCUUUGUAUACACUUUUGAGUCUAUUAACAAUGUUUUAUAUUAAAACAAAUAGCUAACAGUUUUGGUUGUAGAUUUUAAAUGUUAAAACACUAUAUUCCUGUCAGCAACACUGUAAAUAUACUACUGUACCAUCUGUAUGUUAUGGUAACCUUUAGCAGACGUGCAUUAAUACAUUUAUUCAUUCCAUUUCAAGUCUUUUCUAGCCAGAAUGCACAAUAUUGGAUACUUACCAAUAUCCAAUACCCCAGAAAGUAGGAAGACUGAGAACAGGGAUAUAGAUAAGAAUAUACCAGUGUUUUAGUCUAAAAAUACCAACCAGCAUGUUCAUACAACAAACAGUAAUGGGUGAGAGCUUUCAAAUUAGCAAUGAACCUCAGAGUUCAGCACAGACUUAAAAGUGGCAGGAACUAGUCUCUUCUCAGACUCUAAAGAAAGGCAGGAUCUCAUUCCGACAUGAAAACCCAGUUUCAGUUUUAGCCUUUUAACCAGCUGUUGAAUGUGGGGCAUAAAAGAGAGGUAUUCAGCAAUCAGAAUACCAAGAUACCUGUAACACAAAACAAGCUCGAUCAGUGAACCCUGUGAAGUGGAGAUCGAUGGCAGGCCCGGAGGCUUAGAUUUAGCAUUCAAUAGGAGCAUGACUGUUCUGUCCAAGUUUAAAACAAGCUUCAGGUCAUACAUUCUUUUUGGACAGUAUUAAAAGCAAGUUGUAACUGGGAGAGAGCUUGGUCUGCGGUGGGAGCUAAACAGUUUAUAAUGGUGCUUAAGCUUAAAAGUGAAAAUUAGCCUAAGACAUGUUUGACUGAUAUCAUAAAGAAUGAGCAGGAGGGGCCCCAGGAUUGACCCUUGAGGCACACCUUUGGUUAGACUGGAUUUUUAUAUUAGUUUUGAACUAUAUUUAUUCCAUUAAUUUAACUGAUUCCUGGCUUUAAUUCAUAAUAUCUGAUAGCUGUUUGCUACUGCCACAGUACAAAAAUCCAAAAUGUAACAAAAACGAUGAGACAAUCCCGAUUAACUACAAAAAGUCUUGGAUUAAUUGCGAUGGGCAUUUUAGACACACUGGUAUUGUCUAGCAUGAGUCCAAACAAUUGCCUCCAUUUUUUUCUAUAAAAAAACCCACUCACCCGGAGACCAGACAUGUGUGGACGCUCAGUGGCACUUUAUACCACUGCUCUAUUCCUGGCGUGGCUGUCUGCAGCUGGUAGAGUGUUUUAUUGAGAGACUAGCUGUUUUGUCCAUUCUAGUUGCCGUAGUAGCAGCUCUAUUUGAUAGCACAGAAACAGAAAUUGAGUGCAAUCUUUGUUUGCGAUGUAAAAUUAUUGGAGAGCAUGGGCUGCUUUUGAAAUACUGCUUAUUUUGUUGUUUUUGCUCCGAGUAGGAAAGCUCAAAGUGGGCCUUCGGCUCUGGUAUCAAGCACCUGGCUAGUGGGGAGUUUAAGCAUUGACACACUGCUAUCUGUGUGUGUUAGGGAUGGCUAAUGAGGCGCGUCAUAUGACAGGACGCGAUGGCCCAGCACUGGUAGUUUUGGGCUUUAGAUUGUAUUAAGCUAACAACCACAGAUACACAUCCUGCUCUAUCUUUCAGAGUCUUCAGAUUUUCCUCUUAGGAACUUUCAAACAGUAAUUUAACAAUAUAACUGCUACAGUAAUGUUCAUAUCUGCUGAUACCAGUAAUAGCACACUUUUGAGGUAAAAUCUGCUGAAACUGAUACACCUAUAAUAUUCUGCAUCCUUAAUUUUUGGUAGUUUUCUUUGUCUUGAAAUUUCCAGUAAAAUAUUAAUGCAUAAUUUCCUUUGAAAAGUGAACUCUAAAGUUGUUUUCCCCAGAUCCAAACCCAUUUUUCUUGUUAUUUUGGAUACCACAACAGCUUUCCCCAUUAUGAUGAAUCAUUUAAUCUCAUUAUUCUAGAUAACAGCCUUGUUUUGUCUUUAAAACAGGAUAUUUUCUAACAAACACUUUGUUGGGCAGGACAAUGACAUACUAUACUGCCACUUAUCACACUAAUGAGGAAAUGUAAUCCUAUUUUAAGGUUUGUUUUUGCCUGUAGGACUUUAAGGAUAUGAGAUACUAAGUUUCUAUCAAAAAGAAAUCUCAACUGUCUUUAAAAAAUAGUGUUUAAAGAUUAGUAAAGAUGCAUGUCUGCUUAAGGCUUCCAUAGUAUAUGAUUAUUCCUAUGAUACAAUAUGUAAAGACAAAAUGAUGAGAAAAGCAGCUUAAAGAAAAUGUAUUUAUUUAUCUUGUAAUUGUAUUUUAUAGAAUUUAUAAUGAGUAUUUUCCAUAUGCAAUCAACUGAUGCAGCAUUAGGCUUUAUUUGUGGCAAAAGUAGCUCAAAAUGUUUGGGCUAUCACUUUGUAGACCAUGCUUUUUUUUUUUUUUUUUUUUUUUUGCUAACACAAAAGCUAUGAUAAACUAAACUGUAAGUU